AUGCCCGACCUGAUCCACGUGGCCGGUGCAAGUGCCUUGCCUGGCCCUGUCCUCGCAGCUCCAGCCCCCAGCCUGUCCACCGGCCCCACCUUUUGCAAUGUCCUUGAAACUCCCGCCCCCGUGGUCGCUCAGCAGCGAAUCCCGCCUGCCCGUCAUGCGGGACCCUCCUCCAUGCCACCGCAAAACAACAUCCCCGAGCCGGGCAUCAUGGCCAUGGUCCCAAGCCACACUCCUAGUCGCUCUUCCCAUGAACUUGAAGACGUGGCUCGUCUUGCCCUGCUCAAAGAGCAGCUAGCCGCGGUCCCCACCGACGAUAUGCUCACCGGUGUGGCCAUGCUCAUGGAUCAGCUGGCUCUCAGCACUCAAGCCAAUCCCUUUAUUCCUACAAAGUUUGAUGCACCGGCCCCACUCAACGCCCCCCUGAGUGUCUUUAUCAGCCAGAUUGUCAACUACCGCCUUUGCUCCCGCGAAUGCACUGUUUUGGCUCUGGUAUACGGACAACGCCUCUUGCAGCGUUACCCUUCGCUGGUCAUUGACAGCCGCAACGUACAUCGCAUCUUCCUCAUCGCCAUUAUGCUGGCCUCCAAGUUGAUUGAUGAUCGCUAUUGUCGCAACACGUACUAUGCUGCCGUGGGUGGUCUCACCGUGGCCGAUCUGAAUCGCCUCGAGAUGGAGUUUUGCUUUCUCAUGGGAUUUGACCUUUGUGUCUCUCUGGAUGAGUUUCGCGAGGUCUGUCAGACUUUUAUGUGGCGCCUGCAGCAACAUCAGCUUGUCAAUUGCCGCAUUCCCCGGGAAGUUCCCGGCGGUAUCCCAUCACCCCCGGGUCUCGACUUGCUCGGUGCUACCACGACCGGUGAUUAUGUCCCGUGUCCCAUGCCGGUACCCCUCAAGACUAUGGCCUCUUCCUUGCAACCCUCGGGCUGGGGCAAUCUUCUCGUGGAUGAUGCUGGCUACCCACAGACAGAUGUCGACAGCUCCCGUCAGCAUUUUCCCCUUUACCAACCACACCCACUCCAGCAAGUUCAGCAACAGCCACAACAGCCUCAACAGCCACAACAACAAUCAUUGCUUGUACCCUUGAUGGGACACGUUUUGGCGCGCUCGUCCUGCACGUGGCCCACACCUGCGUUGAUGCGCGACCCAUACGGUGGUGCCCCGCGCAUGGCCGUUGUCGGCGCUUCGGCCGUACCCCCUUUGCUGGCAACUGCACCGGGAUCAGUGGCCCGCAUUCCUCCUUCCAGUGUGUCUUUGCACCAAGCCUGGGUUCCGGUCAACGGCUGGCACGUUGCCCCACAAGCCAUGGUGGGCUGUCCCUUGCCAACGGCCUAA